AUGAGUGAUGCUCCAGAGUUCCAGUACGAUGAUAUUGAGCCGCUCCCGAUCUCGGGCGGUCAGGAGGGCGAGCUCUGUCAAAUUAUGUAUGACGGCGAAUACCGCACCGUGAUGGGCAUUGCCAGAGCCCUGCUACAGAAGUUGGAGUUCUCAGAGCGUGCCUUGCACGCUACUUCGCAGGCCAUUGACUUGGUGCCCGCAUUUUACACCAUGUGGAACUACCGGUUCCAGAUUGUGAAGGCCUUGUACGGCACAGACGGCGCAGAGCUGAACCGUGAGCUCGACUGGCUUGACGAGUUCACUCUAAAUAACCCCAAAAACUAUCAGAUAUGGUCUUACCGACAGGCUCUGCUGCGGUUGCAUCCGUCACCUGAGUUCCAACGCGAACUGCCAAUCCUGCAAUCUAUGAUCGACGAUGAUACCAAGAACUACCACGUGUGGUCCUACCGCCGGUGGUGUGUAUUGUUCUUUGGCGACUUCACAAAUGAGCUUCAAUUUGCCUCGUCACUGAUAGCUCGCGACGUUUACAACAACAGUGCUUGGUGCCAUCGCAUGUUUGUACUGAAAAACCAGGUGCCAAAGGGCCCUCCGGCAGAGGCCCUUACGGGCGAACUCCACUACACAAAGAAACAAAUUGAACUCGCACCUCAGAACAUCAGUUCCUGGAACUACUUACGAGGUUUGUACGACGAGUUUCUAGAUGGCAAAGCGGACCCAGCCAUCAUGGAGUUCGCCUUAAGCUUUACUCCAGGAAUUUUUGCCGCAGAUGCGUCUGACACUGGCCCCCAAAUACAAUCUUCUUACGCCCUAGAGUUUCUCGCACGUGCAUACGCCAAGAACGAAGAUACAUUUGCGCAGGCUCGCAAGGCCUAUCAGGCUCUUUCAGACCAUUUUGACCCCAUUCGAAAGAACUUCUGGGCAUACAAAAUUCGCUCACUUACUGCGUGA